UCCAAACUUCUAUUACUAGCAAAAUUGCUCCAAAUUUACGCCUUCUGUAACUCCAAUCUUGCGAUUUCUUCAUCACAUUCCGCGGCUUCAAUUCUUCUUCUGGUGGAAGAUCAAAAACUUCCGUCUCAGAGAUGAAGAUUGUUGCGGCGUAUUUACUUGCUGUUUUGGGCGGAAAUAAUAGCCCUUCUGUUGAUCAUAUUAAGGCCAUCCUCGGCUCUGUUGGAGUUGAGGUUGAAGAUGACAGGAUUGAGCUGCUUCUUUCCCAAGUUAAGGGCACAGAUUUAGCAGAGAUUGUUGCCUGUGGAAGGGAGAAGAUGGCAUCAAUUCCUUGUGCCGGUGCUGCAAUUGCUGUGGGCGCACCAACUGCAGCCGGUGGUGCUGCUCCUGCUGUUGCCUCUGUUGCUGCCGAGCCUGAGAAGAAAGAGGACAAGAAGGAAGUUGUUGAGGAGUCUGAUGAAGACAUGUGCUUCAGUCUUUUUGAUUGAGGAAUUUGACAUCCCUUACACUCACAACACCUAAUUAAGUUUUAUCCGAUUAAAAGGAGUAAAGUAGAUACUUUAUGACAUUGUUAUUGUUAUUACCGGCGAGCGGAAGGCG